AUGUUUUUACAUAGACUUUUUGUUUUUGUAGUCGUAGCGGUAUUGUUUCAUGUUGUUUUUUGUGAAAAUAAGUAUUCUCAGUCGGCCAAUAUCAAAGAUGAGAAAGAUAUAGAUUUUAGAAAAUUAGACAAACCUUUUAGAAUGAAUAAACUCAAUCUUCUUUGGGUUAAAGCUCAACAGCGCUUAACACUGCCUAAGUUAAAGUCAUUGUAUAGUGACUUGAUGAUCCAAGACAAACAAGAAAUAACAUAUAAAAGAGUGAGAAGUGAAGGUGGAGAUAAGGAAGGACUUAAAGAAACUGAGUUAAGAAGGAAACUUACAUCUAUUAUGAAUAAUUAUGGCCUUAGGGAACACUUUGAAGAUAAUUCUGUAAGACGGAUGAAACAGGAUACGAUGUACAAUGAGGCAUCAGAUAAGUUCAUCAACAAAAGUUUAUUUAAAGACAAAAAGCUGAAUAUGUUGUGGGCUAAAGCUGAAGCUUCAGGCUUUACCAGUGAGGAACUUGCAGCUCUAAAAGAAGAAUUCAGUCAUCAUCAGGAGAAAAUUGAUCAAUACUAUGAUCUAUUAGUUAAUAUGGAAGCAGGAGAAAAAGAUGGUUAUAAAAAUGCUGUCAACGAUGAGGAACUAGACAAGUUUAAUGAAAUCAACUAUGUAGAAGAUAAUGGAGAGAAUUUGACAAAAGAUUUUGUUGACAAAGCUAAUCUUGUGAGAGAGAAGCACAGAGGUCUUCGAGAUGGAUUUGACAGAUUGGACCGGAUUGCAGCUCGAGGACCAUCAAACAAAGAGUUCAUUGAACCAAAAGUGCAAGGGUUGUGGAAGUUGGCAGCAGUGGCGAAUUUUACUGUAGAUGAGUUAGCUUCUUUAAAGGUGGAAUUACAGCAUUACGAGUCUCGACUUCUGAAGCUCCGCACGUUGCAUGCAGACCAAGUAAGCAAACUCGACAAACAUCAUUCUAAGGUAGCCGCAGCGGGCGAUAAGAUGGACCAUUUCGCAGACCAGCAACAGAUCAUCAAGAAGCACUCGAGAAAAGUUGAGAAGAUGCACGCGGACCUCGAAGGCAGGAUCAUGGCGAGACAUACGGAAUUGUAG